GAGUCAUAUGAGCUCCAGGGAAGGGGAAGCGGGAAAGGCGGUUUAACUGUCAAAACCAGGCGCGGGAAGGGAAGAGUUGUGUAUAAAGCAGGUCCACCGAAAGUCGCUCCAAGAAGACAGUCAUCGAAAUGGAAGCCAGCAUUUAUCAGAGUAUCCAUAUUUGCAUGGAGAGUUAGCCAGAAUCUGCUUGAUGUCUUAGCCCUAUUUUCCGGUGACCAGCAGUUUGCAAGAAUGGAUCAGUGGCUGAAAACUGUUUCACUGAAAUGGUUACUUGAGGAACCGUCUCACUCCAAUGGGACUGGCUCGCCCCAUCUGUGCCGGAAGUGAGGGCAUACUGUGGAUCCUGUUGGUCAAGAAAUUUUGAUUGGUGGAGUCCAGAAGAAGUGCCUUGCUGGCCAUGGCUCCUACCCUUUGGAACAUCUUACCCCCUCAGAAAGGAUGUAAGGAUGAUGUUCUGGUUCUAUAAUCCAGCAGUUAAGUAAUCCAAAAAAGGAAAUGCCUAGGACCUGAUAAAUAAUGAUUUUCUGAUAACAGAAUCAGACUUACCAUGGCAAUUAUUUCUCCAGACACAGUCAUUCCCCUGUUUGGUGAUGGCAUCUGUGGCAUAACACCGAGAGCAGGAUCAGUUGUUGCUGGUGUGUACAUGAUCUUAAUGACCAAUAUGUAUCUUAUAUUUGAGUUUCGACACUUAAGCCUUGCAUCAAUUGAAUUGUCAAAAAUUAAAGUAAAAGGCUUAACCUGGAUUAUUCUAUAUUGCUAUUAUACAGCAAUAGUUUUGGCUUUUAUAACUUAUCCCAUAUGUUUUUAUUAUUUAUAUUGCAUCUAUAAGAAAAAAACUAUAGGUUUUUAUGUAUACUUUAGUUGGAUAAUCUUUUAUGAUGUAGUCAACAUAGUUAUUGUAAUCUUGACUAGCCAGAUUGGACAUCUAUCUACAUUUUCAAUCAGUCCUUUAGAAUGGUUUGGAUUGGCCGUUAGGAUUCCUGUGGAUUGUUUUUGGCUUUGUUUUAUUAUAACGUAUGUUAUGUUGCUUGUUGAAGAAAAACAUGCAGGGUGGAUGUCAAUGAGGCAAAGGAGGACAUCUAGAUAUAUUACCGAACCUCCUAAAUUUAGACUCGGUGUAAGUGUCAAGAGAGUUCAGUGGUAGCUAUCAAAAUACUGUUCUAUGCAAUUAUGAACAUCAGGCCUGCACAAUACCUGGCAUAUGAAAAAGUGGGCAAUUAAUAUAUUCCUAUCUAUUAGUUAUCCAAUAUCUUUGCCUAUUCAGAAUAAUGAAAUUAGGGUGACUGUCAGAAUAUAUUCUAAGUUCAGAACCAAUAUAUGUAUGUACUAAGUAAUGCUUCACAUUGUUUUACUUCAUUAUCUUAUUGAGUUAAUCUAAAUGUCUUUAAUAAAGAUAAAUUUCAUAAUUACUGUACUUGGGUCUCUGGGCUUUUUUG